AUGGAAUCUUGUGGCACCCACAAGACCACACUUAACUCCAUCAUGAAGUGUGACAUGGACAUCUGCAAAGACCUGUAUUCCAACACGGUGCUGUCCAGCAGCACCACUAUGUACUCAGGCAUCGCCAACAGGCUGCAGAAGGAGAUCACCAUCCUGGUACAUAGCACUAUAAAGAUCAAGAUCAUUGCACCUCCAGAGCAAAAGUACUUGGUAUGGAUUGGCGGCUCCAUCAUGUCACUGUCCACCUUCCAGCAGAUGUGGAUUAGCAAGCAGAAGUACGACCAGUCAGGCCCCAUCAUUCAUGGCAAAUGCUUCUAA